CAAUUUGGUCAAGCGUUUAUCCCGUUUAGCCAAUACUGGUAAUAGAUCGAUUUACUUAAGAGAUUUCUAGUAAAUCAUGUGAUAAUCAUACAUAUUUUGAAAUAACAAGGAUAUAUUUGUGUCUAGGGGACCUUAUUACGCGAUAUGGCGUCUGAAGACACAAGAAAAACAUCGGAAGUAGAUCUAUCAAAUAGUGGACAAAGCAUGCAUUCUGAAUCUCAUAAGCCGGCAGAUAAUGCCGAUAAAAACAAAACAAACAAAUCUGGAAGCGAUACUCAGGGCUCUUGCUACUGUGGCAAAGACAGAAAUCUUAACAUAGUAGAGCUACUGUGCGCUUCAUGUAACAGAUGGUUUCAUGAGUCUUGUAUUGGGUAUCAGUUAGGAAAAUUGGUGCCUUUUAUGACAAACUAUCUGUUCAUUUGCAAGAACUGCUCUCCAACUGGUCUGGAGACUUUUAAGAAGAAUCAAGCUCCCUUUCCGCAAAUGUGUCUGACAGCAAUUGCUAAUUUGAAACAAGAAAGUGCUAAAGAUGGCAGCAAUAAGAUCCUUUUCAGCAAGGACAGAGAGAUUAUUCCCUACAUAGAUCAGUACUGGGAGGCCAUGACAACUAUGCCUCGGAGAGUUACCCAGUCUUGGUAUGCUACGGUACAAAGAGCACUAAUCAAGGAUAUUCAGGUCCUUUUCACGUAUGAAGAGGACUCAACCCACGGACCAAUGUUCGGGCUCUACAAUAUGGAGCUUACUUCUAUCAAGCCUAACUAUGAAGCCAUGAUCAAGCAAGGACAGUUGAAAGUUACUGAUAUGGGGAUUGCUACAAUACCGCUAGCUGGCAACGUAAAGGGGCGUCAAGGCAAGCGACGACCUGCGGUCGGCGGCGCGGCUGAAGCAGGCGCCCCAGCAGGGAAGAAGGGUCGCGCUGCCGACCCUGCCAGUCUCAAGCUACCGUCUCACGGUUAUCCUACUGAGCAUCCCUUCAAUAAAGAUGGCUACCGGUAUAUAUUAGCCGAGCCUGACCCUCACGCACCGUUCAGGCAGGAAUUUGACGAGAGUAACGAAUGGAGUGGCAAGCCCAUACCAGGCUGGUUGUAUCGCUCACUUUGUCCGGGCAUCGUGUUGCUCGCGUUACACGACCGCGCGCCGCAGCUGAAGAUAUCCGAGGACCGGCUCGCGGUCACCGGCGAGAAGGGCUACUGCAUGGUGCGCGCCACCCACGGAGUGUCACGCGGCGCGUGGUACUGGGAGGCCACGGUGGAGGAGAUGCCGGAGGGCGCGGCGGCGCGGCUGGGCUGGGGGCGGCGCUACGCCAACCUGCAGGCGCCGCUCGGCUACGACAAGUUCGGCUACUCGUGGCGCAGCCGCAAGGGCACCAGAUUCCACGAGUCGCGCGGCAAACACUACAGCAACGGCUACGGCGAGGGUGACACGCUGGGCUUCCUUAUUGUGAUGCCUAACAACCAGAACACUAAAUACACGCCCAACACCUAUAAGGAUCGGCCUCUUGUAAAAUUCAAAAGCCAUCUCUACUACGAAGACAAAGACAACAUCCAAGAAUCUCUUAACAGCCUGAAGCCCCUCCCAAGCUCCAAGAUCUACUUCUUCAAGAAUGGCCAGUGCCAAGGUGCAGCCUUCCUGGAUGUCUACCAAGGCUGUUAUUAUCCGUCCGUCAGUUUGCACAAGAGUGCUACUGUAAGCGUCAACUUUGGACCAAACUUUAAGCAUCCCCCGGGGAGUGAAUAUAACUACAGACCGAUGUCCGAGAAAGCGGAGGAAGCGAUCUGCGAGCAGACGAUGGCCGACCUGCUCUACCUCACCGACAACGAGGGCAAGCUGCGGCUCGACAACUUCAACCUCUGAUAUACGUAGCACCGUUGUUAAGGCGGUGUUUGUGCGAUAUGACUGAGUGUGAGAUACGACACAACAGUGAACUAUACAUAAUUACAUAUGUAUUAUACAUACAUACAA